UUUGCUCCUUUAAAUAAGCAAAUAUCUUAAUUUGGAUUAUAGGUAGUAUUGUAAUGUUAUCUUUUUGUGCUAUCAAGGUAGGGCGCAUUUAGUCAGCAUUGAACUACUGAACUUUGUCAUAAAAACAAUACUCACGCUUUGUGCCGAUUUUUUUCAGAAUUUUGUUUUUUUGUUGACAACAUUGUUUUUACUUUUAAACUGUUUAUCGUGAAUUAUGAUGGGGUGAAACGAUAAUUUGGCGCUUUUUUAAGUUGGGAAAUUGUGGCAACAUACCUAUUUAUAAAAAAAACAUUUAUAAGCUAACGGCUAAAACACGGUAUUUGUCCAUUUUAUAUUUUUUGGUUGUUAUACAUAGAUUGAAGGAAAGUGUGUGAUUUCAAACUUAAUUCUUUGCAGCCAAAGCUUGUAACCUAGUCAACUCCUGCUGGCCUCCAAAUUUCAAGUGAAAAUAUCAAUUUGUAUUCGAGUAACAGCAAAAAACAUAUCCCAAAAAUGGCCAUUUUCAAGCGUUAUGCUGUCUCAUUUGAUUUUUUUAUAUAUUCAAACUGUUAUAUAUCUAUUUUGCAUGAUGAUUUGGAAAAAAUGCAUUACCUCAGCUUAUAGAAAAUUUCAAGUGCUAAAUUUUGGUGGGUAAAUCAAGAAAAUAGACAAAUUAUUACAGAAAAUAUGACUUAUUAACAUAAAGUGGUGCUUUUGCCAAUUUUUCAAAAUCACAAUAAGUAUCCCUUGUUAUAUGCAUGAAAAACAUUGAAAAUUCACCCAUUUACAAGUGAUAACUGUUUUGUAAGACUGAUUAUUAAUCAAACUUCCAAUUUUUUGUUGCUUUGGGCAUUCAUGAUUCACAUUCUUAAAAAGAAGGAGGUUCACCUGUAAGAUUUUCAGGGUUAAAAAAUCUGUAGAGUCCGUAACCAUGGGUUUGUAUCUACAUAUGUAUUAAUGACAGAAAUGUGGCAUUCCACAAAUAAAAACCUCUGCUUGAGUAUGUUUAAUGGCUGAAAUAUUUUUGGAAUAUUUUGAUUUUAAGUUGCAUUUUUUUACAUAUUUAAUGUUACGGACACUACAAAAUCUGCCUUCAAAUUUUGAUUUGAAAUUUCCAUUGUUUUCAAUAGCAUAUUUCCUUAUAUUUUUUCAUGGUAAAAGCAAUUUUUUUAUUGUGCAAUAUUGCAUCAUCUUUUAACUAUUGGAAAAUACCAAUAAAACGGCUGAUGCAACAAUAUUUGUGAUGAAUUAUUGCAUCAUCCAAAACAACCGCCUUUCUAAGAAAUACAACAGUCCAGCUGUAAUGAUAGAAUCAGCUAAGAAAAUGGCUUAUUUUGGGGAAUAGUCGGUCAGAUUCCAGCAAGAAGUCCUUUCAAAUGGAAAACACUAAAGGUGUUGGUUCCAGUGAUGCUCUAGAAGAGAGCCGAAAAUCAUCACUGCGAUCCCGGAAACUUGAAAAAAAUGCUGAAAUGAAUGCUGAAAAGAAUGAAGACAUAGAAAAGAAGCAAAAGGAGAAAAACAGGCUGAAAGUCAAGGCAUGGAGAAUGCGUCAGAAAACAGAAAACUCCACAAAAUAUUCUGAAAUCAAAAAGAAAGACACAGAAAGAAAGAAGGAAGCUCGAAUGAAAGUGAAACUCAUGGCCAAUUCAGAUCCUGAAUUAAAAGCCUCCUUAAGAAAGAAAAAAGCUGAAGAAAUGAAAAGAUACAGACAGAGAAAAAAGAUGAAAACAACAUGUUCUUCUGAAGAUCCUGGUGUUAAAAAGAGUAAGAAACCGGCUCUGGAAGAAAAAAAGAAAAAAGCUGUGAAGCGAACACAAGCCUGGAGAAUGCGAAUUAAACUUAAGUCUCCUACAAUUCCAAUUGUUAACACAGUUGAUGAAAAUGACAGUCAUGGAGAAAGCAGACAGAACAAAAGUAACUUAUCCCGUGCAACAAUAUACAGACGAGCGCAAAUGGUGAAAGGCAUUCUGCCUAGGACACCAAAGAAGAAAGCCGCCAUUUUAAAGAAGCUUAUUGAGUCACCUUCAACAUCCAAAGUACUUUCUGACCAAGGAGUAACAAUGACACCAGCUUGUAAGAAGAAACUUGAAGUAGCAGAUGCUAUAGUGAAUUCCUUGAAGGAAAGUAUUUCCGAAGUAAACAUUGGUGUUCGAAAAGACAGAGAAAAGAAACAUGCAUAUGAUGUAAUACGUGAAUCAGUACUAAGGAAAUACAAAAAGAUCACAGUUAGUAAAUAUUUCAAUGUGUCUUACAAGACAAGGAAGAUGAGAAAUGAAUGGUGGAAAAAGAAACAGAGAAAAACAAGAUGUGAUGUGAUAAGUGAUCAUGUGAAACAAUCAGUGAAAGAGUUCUACCUGAGUGCUGAAAUUAGCAGAGAGGUGCCAUCCAAACGUGAUGUUGUUAGAAUCAAAACUCAGACUGGUAUGAAAGAAACACUACAGAAACAUGUGAUGACAAUGACACUAGAAGAAGCACACAAGUUAUACAAAACAAGAAACCCCAAUCAUAAAAUAGGACUUACAUCAUUCAGCAAACUAAAACCAGUUAAUGUAAAGAAAGUGUCCGAGACAAGCAGACGGUCAUGUCUGUGCCAGACUUGUUGUAAUGUAGCCCUGAAAGUAGAAGCACUUACAACAUUGAAACGAGUUGUAAAAGAGACUGACAUGACAGAAGACAUUAAGAUUGAUAAGAAGAGUCUGAGUGAUGCAACAUUCUGCAGCUAUGAACAAGAGCCAUCUUUAAAAUGUGUGUCAAGAAAUUGUGAAAAAUGUGGAGUACAAGGCCUUCAAAAGUAUUUGGCGACUAUGGAAGAAAAGAACAGAGAUGGGAUGGUGUCAUGGUAUCAAUGGGAAAGCAUUGAAAUAAAGAAAUAUGACAAAGUAAAGCGCUGCAUUUCUUGUGUGCCCAAAGAAGCUGAUUUCAAAGUGUUUUUGACAGCUUUAGAGAAAGACAUGAUGGUGUACCCAGAGCAUGCAUUUAGAGCAUCCUGGCAACAGAAACAAAUGGGUGUAUGUGUAGAGAAAUUAACAAAGGGAUCUGUAGCCAUGGUAAUGGAUUUCAGUGAGAACUAUGCAUGUGUCUUCCAAAGUGAAGUGCAGUCAGGGUUCUUUGAUAGAAACCAGGUAACUGUACAUCCAAUGAUGUGCUACUAUAAAGAAAGUCUUGAUGACAAAGAUGUUACAGUAAAACAUGCCAUCAUUGGAAUAAGUGAAGAAACCAAACAUGAUGCGGAUUUAGCAAUUGUCUUCGAGAAUCAAGCCAUUAAAUUACUAGAAAGCAGAGGGGUGAAGAUUGGUGAACUCCACGAGUGGACUGAUGGGUGUGCAGCCCAGUACAAGGGGAAAAAGGCGUUUGCUGAUAUCAGUCUCAGAAAGCAGCGCAAAAUGACUCGAAACUACUUUGAAACGUCUCAUGGAAAGAAUGUCUGUGAUGGGUUGGGUGCAACUGUAAAGAAUGCUUGUUAUCGUGCUGUAAUAAGUAACAGGAAAGUUCUUGGUAAUGCUGAAGACGUUUACCAAUUUUGUCAAGAAACUCUGAAUAUGGAAGUAGUGGACACUGUAAAAAGCACUCUGUCGAGAAGAGAAUUUGUAUUUGUUGAAAAUGUGAAUAGAAACCGACCAGAAACAAAUGUACAAACAUUAACUGGAACACGGAAGCUGCACUCUGUUAAGUCUGUUGGUAAAGACUAUGAGCUGAACUCAAGGAAACUUAGUUGUUACUGUGAUGCUUGUGUGAAUGGUGUAACAUUAAAAUGUGAGAAUGUAGACAUAGUUAAUAAGUGGGAGAAAAGAAACCUUGAUGUUAUUAGUAAAGUCCAAGAAAAACUAAAUGUAAAGAAGAAACAACCAUCUAACAAGGAGCAGCCUAAAGCAACCUGCAAAGAACAAACAAAAGGACAGAAACAAAUAACUUUGAAAAGAAAAUCGGAGACCAAGCAACCAAAAGCCAAGAGGAGAAAAAUAGAAGAGACAGCAGCAACAACAUCCCAACAAGAUACAGCCUUUCAACCUGGUGAUUUUGUUACCGUUGGGCUCAAACCGAGAAAAGGACCCAUAAGUGUUUACGUUGCUGAAAUUACAAGUAAAUCUGAAACAGAAUAUGGGCUUAAAUAUAUGAAGAAAGCUGGAAACGCAUAUGUGUGGCCUGAGAAGUCAGACGUUUCUCAGGAGCCAACAGAACAUAUCAUUUCAAAGCUAGAAGCUCCUGAACUUGUCAAUGAAAGAGGUCAUUUUAAAUUCAAUACACAGGAACUCAGCAAAGUUAAAGUUAAUCUGUUGAAAAUACACAAACAUGUGUAUUUCAAAUAGAAAAUGUUGAGCAUGUGUUGGUUCUUACAAUGUGUAGAGUCCGUAACCGUAGUGCAGUCUAUUUCUAUCUCAUACAAAAAAUAUGUUCUAUUGAUAUAAACAGCAGAAACUGACUAUACUUGAUAGGAAAAGUGUUUAUUUUAGAAAAACAAUGUGCUUGGGGCACUUGGUUCUACAAACUUUAAAAGUUACAGUUAAAGUUGUGUGAUCAUUUUUGUCAAUUUUUAGAGUUCAUCGCAACUGGGAUGAAAUAUGUUUUUUUUUUAUGCUUAUCUCAAGCAGAGAUUUUAUGCGUUUGUUUGUUAACAUUCUAAUUGUUAGUUUUCUGUGUUAACCUGAAUAAUACAGACUUGUUUCCAUUAAAAUCUUUGUUGUUAUAUGCCUGUUGUAGUGUCUGUAACCUUACACUGACCUGUAUGUAAAAGUCGCCAAAAAAUAAAUUUAUAAAAGCGACUGUAGGAAAACAAAUAUCAUUUCCAAUGACUGAAACUUUAAACUAAAAAUGGACAAAAUUUCAUGGCCCUGCAUGGAAGUUCAUUUUUCCACCUUGGUGAGACACUUAGGUGGACAAAUACCGUGUUUUAGCCGUAAGGCUUGUAUAUAAAUAUAUAUUUUUAAACAGCAGCAUACACUUUGCAUAUUUUGCUGAUGAUGUUAAAAUCACUACUAAAAUAUAGAUUGAUUACAAUUUCUUUUAAGAUGCUAGUAACAUUAUUAUUAUACCCCCCAAAAUAAAGUUUGGGGGGGGGGGUAUACUGGAAUCGGGUUGUCCGUCUGUCUGUCUGUCCGUCUGUCCGUCCGUUUUUUUGUCCGGGAUUCAUCUUUGUCGUUAUUGAACAAAUCUUUUUCAAACUUUCAAAUAUUAAUGACCAUGAUGUAAACCUGUGCCUCCGUGGAUUUGGUCAGAGUCGCAUGAUCCUGAGUGGAGUUGUGGCCCCUUAAUGAGUUAAAUUGGGCAAAAUUAGCUUUGUCCAGGAUUCUUCUUUGAAGCUAUUGAGCAAAUCUUUUUCAAACUUUCAAAUAUUAAUGGCCAUGAUGUAAACCUUUGCCUCCAUGAAUUUGGUGGGAGUCACAUGAUCCUGAGUGGAGUUGUGGCCCCUUAAUGAGUUAAAUUGGGUAAAAUUAGUUUUGUUCGUCCUACUCCUUCGUCAUUUUUGAAUGAAUCUUUUUCAAACUUUUAGCCAUGGUGAGAACAUUUGCCCCUGUGAUUGUGGUUGGAAUCACAUGAUCAUGUCUCCAAUUAUGGCCCCUGAAUAAGUUAAAAAGGCAAAAAUUAUACAGCUUUGUCUAGCCUAAUCCUUGGUCAUUUUUUCUCAUUUUUUCUAUAAAUCUUUUUCAAACUUUCAGAUGUCAAUGACCAUGAUAUGAACUGUUGAAUAUGUGAUUUGGUGCACCUGUAUUAAUCAGAAUGUUUGCAUGGCCUUAAAAAGACCUUUAAUUGAUUUUGUCCUUAAAAAGACCAUCAAAAGUCCUGAAGUUAGGUGCAUACAGGCCUUAAAUUUGUUACAAUAUUCGCUUUGGUGGCCUACUCCUUUGUCAUUUUUCAAUAUAUUUUUCUCAAACUUUCAGCUAUCCAUGACCAUGAUGUGAACCUUUGUAUAUGUGAUUUUGUGCACCUGUAUUAUUUCCUUGGUACUCAUGUGUGGGGGGGAGGUGGUGGGGGUGGGUAAACAGAAAUUGGGUUGGCAGACUGUCAAAUUCACCCGUCCACCUUCAUUUUGGAAUAUCCUGUCAGGAGUCAUGACCCCUUUAUGGUGAAAAUGAGAGAAACAGGUUUGUUAUCUCCCCUGAGGUGGGUGGGAGUGGGGUAAUAUUCGCUUUGGUGGCCUACUCCUUUGUCAUUUUUCAUCAUGACCCCUUUAUGGUGAAAAUGAGAGAAACAGGUUUGUUAUCUCCCCUGAGGUGGGUGGGAGUGGGGUAAUAUUCGCUUUGAUGGCCUACUCCUUUGUCAUUUUUCAAUAUAUUUUUCUCAAACUUUCAGAUAUCCAUGACCAUUAUGUGAACCUUUGUAUAUGUGAUUUUUUACACCUGUAUUAUU